AUAACACGCAACAGGACAAGUGGACAGAGGGCGCUCCGAGUGUCUCCUCUGUAUCGUUGUCUCUGCUUGUGGACCAACAUUAACGCGACGACAGAGUGGCUUGGUUUUGGUUUGUCAGACUGACUAUUUAAUCGGGAGUAUUUGGAGUUUGGUCUGUUGCGUCACCGCCGCGCGCUGCAAAGAUGGACAGCAGCGGGACACGGACCAGACAUGGGCACGAGGACAUCCCAACCGGCAGAAGACGGAGUUUAAGUGAGAGGCAAAACCAAGAGAGACACGUCAAUAAGGAAAGCAGUGUGACAGUUGUGUUGCCGCAGAAACUAGCAGAGAAAGAAGGAACGCACGCCACAACAAGAGAAGAGAAAGUUGAAGUUAUCAAGGUCUACCUGGAAUCCCGUCCCGACACAGCCGAGAGCCACCAGCACAACCUGAGGAUGCUCAACGACGAGGUAUCCCAAAUACAAGAGGUGAGGUACUGUCUGAAGACGCUGAGGGAACAGAUGGCUGCCAGACAGAACAGCAACAACAACAAAUAUCCGACCAAUGGCUACAGAGUGAACCUGCCAAAUGUCCCGCCCACGAUCACCAACGGCAACACGGUCAUCGAAGAAGAAGUUCAGGCUGGGGAUAAUCAGGAUGAGACGAGGCAGCUCAGAGAAGCUACAAAGCGACUGUACGCGCAGCUGAAAGAGAUGGAGAAACGCCACCAGGAGGAGAAACAGAGGCUGCAGGCCGAGAAUGACAAGCACCGUGCACGUCUGAGAGAACAGUCAGAGCGUCUCCAGAAAGCAGAGGAGAGGUCUGAGGAGAGAGGUCAGCAAGUGGAGGAGCUGCAAAGACUUCUGGGAAAUAUCCAGUUAGAGAGUGGGAUCCUUAAAGACAAGAUGGCCGCAGGGGAGGAAGAACUUCUGCAGCUCAAAGCCGAGAAGAAAGGAGGCCAGGACAACAAGCAGAGGUGCACUGAUUUGGAGAAGGAAGUGGCCACAUUAAAAGAGAAGAUCCAUCACCUUGACGACAUGUUGAAAAGUCAGCAGAGGAAAGUGCGUCACAUGAUUGAACAGCUGCAGAACUCACGGACAGUCCUGCAAGAGAGAGACAGAUACAUCUGUGAUUUGGAAGAAAAAGUCGCUUUUCUGGAAGCUGAGAACAGAGAGAUGCACGACCACAUGGAGUAUCUAAUGGCUGGACAAGAUCCCCCUCCUCUGUCCACCAAUGACAAAAAGCCAGAAGUGGUCUACAGCAAACCACUUACACCCACAAACCAAGGCAACAAGGCGCUUCCCUUCAUCAAAGUCAUCGAGAUCAAGUCAUGAACAUGAACUUAAAUAGAGUUAAAGUUGUAAAUAUGUAUCUAUACCUCCUGGAUACAAAUACAGUCACAGAAAUAACACUAGACCCUCUAGUGAUGUUUUUUGGUACCUCAUAGUUAUUGUUGUUGGGAUUGUACACAACUUUCCCAAACUGAAGAUUUGGUUUGACAGCAGCAAGAUUCCAAAAAUGGAACAGAGACACUGUGCAAAAUAACUUGGAAACAGGCAUUAACUUUAAUGUUUGAUUUGAGUUUUUAGUGUAGGAAUUUACAUAUAUACCAUUUCAGUAGGUCAAAGAGUCUAAAUGCAGGCACACUUCUUAUUUUAAUAAUGUAUCCUAAUAUUUAACUUAAAAUAUUUGUUUUUUUAUUCUUUUCUGUACUGAUUCUUGUUAAUGCCUCCUGGACCUGACACAUAGCAGAUGAGUUUAAAGGUCAAAUUACUUUGCCAAAGAAAAAAUGCAUGUUUUCACAUUUCUCUGUUGUCUAUAUUUUAUUUGUGUGUCAUGUUUAGAGUUGGUUUAAAUCAUGUAACUCUCUUUGUGCAUUUUGCUAUUUGUUUUUUCCUUGCAACAUUUUUAAUAGUAGUUUUGAAGAACUGUGAUAGCUGUAGAUAUAUGCCUUAUGCAAUGUAAAUUAUGUCAUGAACAUUGUAUUUAAAACUAACAUAUUCAAUAAACCGCUCCAAUUAUAACCAUC